UCCAUCUCUACAUUCCUGUCUCCAAAAGUGCCUUUCUCUUCGGCGUUGACAGCUUUCUUUACAGCAGCCACUCCCCAAUGGAUUCCAAAAAAGCAUCCUACCGGCCGCUCAUGUCCUCAAUCCAGGAGGACAAAGCAGACCGCAGCUCCUUCGCCGACGACAAUACCCUGUCGGCGGCCGGCAGUGAUGAAGGAUAUCAGUCACCCUCCUCAUGGCGCCGCCACGUAUCUAACCCGGUGAUCCUUCUCUUGAUGACGCUGUGCGUGCUCGUGAUGGCUCUGAUCGGCAUCUCGCUCACUCGCAAGCCGACCGAUAAUCAGUGUGCCAGGCAGCUUUCAAUGUGGUCACCCGCACUGGAAGCGGUUGAAUAUGUCACCUUUGACUUUGAUGAUGCUUUCAACUCGACAAGCAAGUACCGCGGGCCACCGACGCCCGAGGUCGAGGAGGCUUGGUUCAAUCUGACGUACAAGCAUGCGGUGGAGAUACCCGAGGAUAAAAUCGCAGGCCUCAACCGCUCCGAGAAGGACCACCUAGCCCACGUCCCUGCUGACGUCGGAACGGGUUACGUUGCGCUCCUCGAAGUCUUUCAUCAGCUACAUUGCCUGAACAUGAUCCGCAUGUUCACCUGGUGGCAGGCUGGCAAGUACCCCGGGGUUCCCUCGGGACUGUACGAGGCGCCCGAGGACGCUUUCAGGAACCGGAUGCACAUCGACCACUGCCUCGAGUCCCUGCGCAUUGCGCUCAUGUGCUGGGGCGAUGUGACGCCUUUGCUGGUCCGUCUCGAUGGACAAGGUCACGAUGGCCGUAGAGCAGACUUUGACACGCACCACAAGUGCCGCAACUGGGAUAAGAUAGAGUCGUGGAUGGACGAGAACUGGACGGUGCGAUGAUAAGGAGUCUGGGAAUAGUCACCAUAUGGAUUGACUGGAAAGACAAAGGCGGGGCUUUAGUGGUGAUUUGUUUAGACUAGUUUGUUGUUUGCUCGAGUUGACACUUUGUAGCCUAAAUCGAACAGACCUAAAAGGAAGCCACAAAGAGG